CGGGGAGCGGGGCGGGCAGAGAGCAGCCGCCGCUGUGCCAGCCGUGCCGGGACACGGGGAGCGGAGCCGGGCCUGGCGCGGCGACCGUGCGGAAGCGAGGAGCACACCGCUUUAAUUAGCGCCGCUACCGAGGGCGUCCUGGGCAUCAGCGUCUGCACACACUGCGGCUGCGGAAGACCCCGAGGAUGGGUGCGCAGUGAGCCGGGCUGGCUCACAGCGGCUCCGGGGCUCGUCAGCACUACCUGACCCUAAGGCAAGCGCAGGGCUAACCGGUGUUAGUGACUCUGCUGCUGGGGAGAAAACCACUCCGCCUCGCACUGCCAGCCAGGCAGCCGGUGUGAACGGGGUAGAUUUCUUUAAAACACUGUUUCAAUCGCCUUUUGAUCAAGUCUGUGAAAGUCAUCCUUGUUUCAAUCUCAUGUGGCUGAGAGGAGCAGGAAGAGAAAGAAGGAAAAACAGGACUGGGAAUGGACUGAAAAAGGUUGGCAAACCUCGUCAUGUCUUGUUCUGCUGCAAGAACAUUCUGCGUUACUGAAGGAAGGUGCUCCAUUUUUGGAGUGACUUACAAUGUCAAGAACUGUAUCAUCCUGGAUUUUAAGCUCAGCCAGAAGCAGCAUUAUUUUACAAGGGAAAGGACGUUGGUACUCCAUCUGUAUCCCAAAUAGAAACAAGAUCAAAUGGAAGCUCGUUUUCUCCAAAACAUGUUCCUACCCUGCUGGGGGCUGCAGCAUAGACAGAACUUUCUCCUUUCCCAAAGCAUUCCGACACACUUCCACUGAAGAAGAACAUUUUUCUUUCCAGUUGUCUCCGGCACAAAUCAACGACAUACUCAGAGCAGGUGAGCUAUCCCACAGAACACUGGAUUUGAAUGGCAAGAAUGCAAAUUCCGUGCUGAGGUUUGAAAGCAACCAGCUGGCCUCCAACAGCCCCAUAGAGGACCGGCGGAGCGCGGCCACGUGCUUGCAGACGGCGGGGAUGAUGUUCGGGGUGUUCGACGGCCACGCGGGCGCCGCCUGCGCCCAGGCCGUGAGCGAGAGGCUGCUGCACUACAUCGCCGUGUCCCUCAUGCCCCGCCAGAGCCUGGAGGAGAUCGAGCUGGCCGUGGAGGCCAUGAAACCGGUGCGGCCCAUCCUGCAGCGGCACAGGCAUCCCAACGACGUGGAGUACCAGGAAAUCGCCUCGCAGUACUUUGAGAACCUCCGGGUGUACUGGCAGCACUUGCUGGACCUGGACUCUGAGCCGGGGUUUAGUUUGGAAGAAGCCAUGAUUUGCGCAUUCAAAAGGCUAGACUCGGACAUAUCACUGGAAGUUCAGGCUCCUCAGGAAAAUGAGUUGAUGAGAAAUAUUGCCCUGCAAGUAGCUUUUUCUGGUGCAACGGCCUGUGUAGCUCACAUUGACGGUGUUCACCUACACGUGGCAAACACUGGCGAUUGCAGAGCGAUUUUAGGGGUCCGUGAAGAAGAUGGAACGUGGUCUACUCUCCCUCUAACCCGAGACCACAAUGCCUACGAUGAAUUUGAAAUUAGAAGAUUGAAGAGAGAACAUCCUAGAUCUGAGGAGAAAACCCUAUUUGUGAAUGACAGAUUACUGGGGAUUCUCAUGCCCUCCAGAGCUUUUGGAGAUGUGCAAUUAAAAUGGAGUAAAGAACUGCAACACAGCAUUCUUGAGAACAGCUGUGAUGUUGAGGCUCUAAACAUUUAUCAGUACGUUCCUCCAAACUACCAUACCCCCCCUUAUUUAACUGCAGAGCCUGAAGUCACAUAUCACAAGUUAAGAAGCAAAGAUAAGUUUCUUGUUAUUGCUUCGGAUGGGCUGUGGGAGAUGCUGAGUAAUGAGAAGGUUGUAAAACUUGUUGCUGGACACCUCACAGAGCUCAACAUGCAGAAAUCACCGCUGACUUUUAAGAAACCAAUUAAUUUGGGUUACAUGCACAACUUGUUGCUGCAGAGGAAGAGCAAAGGCCUGGCCUCCCUGGACCAGAACAUCGCCACCCAUCUGAUCCGGCACGCGAUCGGCAGCAACGAGUACGGCGAGGUGGACCCGGAGAAGCUGGCUGCCAUGCUGACCCUGCCCGAGGACCUGGCCAGGAUGUACAGGGACGACAUCACAGUCACCGUGGUGUACUUCAACUCAGAAACUAUUGAGGAUUACUACAGGAACCACGAGUAGAGCCUUGCACUGCUGCAGUUCAACACCACUAGGGAACUCCGAUACUGAACCUUUCCUCUCGCUCUCUGGUAGUCCAGUUGCUACCAGUGUCUGCAAGUUCCUAAAUCUUUUUGUUACUUGCUGGCUUUGAAAAUAACUUUCUAACAGGUGAAAUUUCCCUGGGUUUCCAGGUUUGUAUACACUGAAGAAAAAUGUCUUCAUAAAACCUCACUGAAAUGUGACUGAACUAAAGAUUGUGAACCAGUUCUGAUUCCAUGAGAACCUUCGGUAAAACUUUACAAUGAACAAACAAGGCAAAUUUCGCUGGGACUGAUACAAUUUAAUAGAGAUGGAUAAUAGGUGUAGCUGCAUGGGGUGUCAGGCUCUGCUCUUGUAGAGAGCGAGUAGCAUCCUGUUGAAGCACUGUAACUGAAUUAAAUAAAUUAACUACCAAACCUUU